GUGCAAUUGGUUCACAUACUGAUCCGUCAUAGUUUGGUGGGUGGGUGGGGCAGAGAAGACACAGGCACACCCAUAUACUCACAUCGGCUGGGCCAGGCAUAGUCUUCUUCCUCAACUUUUAUUACUUCUUAUUUUAUCACGAUGAUGUCAUACUUGUGGAUUUUCUUACUUGCAAGUCUAACAAUUGGAGCGAAUGCGCAAGAGCUCGAUCUUGGAGAUGCACUUGGUGGAGAUGACCCUGCUCCAACACCAGCUCCAGCUCCUAAGGAACCAGAACCGCCAAAGGAUACAAAUGGAGAUGAACUGGAUCUUGGUGAUGCCUUUGACCUAGAUCCAACAAAGAAACCCCUUCCACCUCCUGAAGACCCAAAAGCACCUUCUGGAGACGAAUUGGAUCUUGGUGAUGCCUUUGGCCCAGAACCAACAAAAAAGCCCGUUCCACCACCUGAAGAUCCAAAGGCACCUUCUGGAGAUACAUUGGAUCUUAGUGAUGCUCUUGGUCCAGACCCCAAGCCUGACAAACCAGCGGUUGAGCCACCCAAAGAUGGAGGAAGCGAGGCUGCAGGGGGCUCCUUUGGAGACUCAGACCUGGUAGAUUUGGGUGGUGGUGGUAGUGACUACAAGCCAGACGGUGGCAGAGGAGGAGCACGUGCAGCAGACCCUGCGUCUGGUUCCAAUGGAGAUGGAGCUGAAGAGCCUCAAGAGGGUGGAUCUGGUCAGAUUGCAGGCAUUGUAAGUGCAGUGGGAGUGGCCAUCAUUGGAGCUGCAUCCAGCUACUUUGCCUAUCAGAAGAAGAAACUAUGCUUCAAAAUCCAAGGAGGUGAUCCAGAGAGUGCCAACAAAGACAGUGGCACCCAGGCUGAACCUCAGGUUCUCAGCAACUUGCUCAAGUCAUCCUAACUCCCUUCAGUCAAGAUUACUGAAAGGACCUGCUUCACGUACACUUUCCCCAGUUCGACAAGUGAAGACAAUGUGUAACAAAUUUCAAGGUGUUGUUUUCAACAAGCAAUACACGCUGUGAAAGUGUGUCCCGAGUUUUAAUUCGGAACGCAGAUUUCCCUCACAUGCUUUGUGGUAAAACGCUGAAGUGCAAUUUUUUUUCAUUGUAAUUUUGAUGCAGUUUACAUAUACUUUUUUCUUUUCAAUUGACCCCCAAAAGUGCCUUGUCUGCCUUUUUUGCCAGAAUACCUGUGAUAUGUUUUGACAAGCAUGCUUUUUAUACCGCUCAUCAGCUUCACUCUGAUUUCUGAGCGAGAUACUUCUGCCUUAAGAUUUGAAUGUGUUUCUGGCUGUAACGAGUUUUCUGUUAAGAAACAAUUAGAGAAGAGCACCAAAGAGCAACAGGUUAGUGUGCUGAAUGUGAACUGUUUAAAUGAACCAAUCAGGUCAAUCAUUUGAUUUAAAAUAGCGGCAUCCACAAAGGGAGCAUCUCUGAGAGCUGGAACCAGAGCAUGCUGAAUGUAGGCCUUUGAUAUGCUGGAUUAAGGUUUCAUGUCUGUUUGAAGGAUCAGUUUUAUCAAAGGGCCUAAUACUUGUAGGUUCUUAGAAAGUAUGUUUUUUUGUGGAAAUAGUGGGAGAGAGGGGGUUAGUCAGUGUGUUUUGUGUGUGUAUUUUGUUGAUUGCUGAAUUGUGUGUAUUACUAAUCAAUAGACCCAUUCCCUUAAAACCAGGGACUAUAGUUGGUGCACUAGAGGGAUAUUUAACAUUAAGUGCUGUUUUUUAGUGGUUUUGUUUUUUAAUUUUAAUUCUAUGUCCUGUAAAUACUGUUUAGGAAUAUGUAUAAAAGCAUUGACAAUUGUGUGCUCACUUGUAUGAAAAUGUCAAAUUCUAAGAGAUUCCAAAGAAAGCUUAGCUUUAAUUAACACUUUAAUUUUGGCCAUGAUUAUAAAAUCAUUGAUUUUAUUUUUUUAAACAGCAAAAGCCAAAAGCUUACUAACAAAUUGCAAGCCUAGGUAAAAUAGUUUAAUCUCUGCCAUAGUGUCAUGUGGAAAAGCCUUAAUUCUUCAAGUUUUACUAAGGUUAGUUAUAAUUCUACACUUAAUCUAAAUGUUUCAUUUUCAGCAUUGUGAAUUGUGUUGCUUCAGUUUAGACUAGUUUUGCAUUGUU